AUGGAUACUAGUUGGAUUGAUUUACCAAAAGGAAAAUCUGCCUAUUAUGAGGGUUGCAUGAAAUUCUUAGAGAUUGCUAAGGAGACUCUUAUUGAUGGAAAAACCAAAUGCCCAUGUAAUAAGUGGAGUAAAACCUUAAAGCCCCCUAGUGAUCAUGGGAAGGAAGUAGAUCGAGAUGAUAUGGAUGGGCUACUAAGAGCGGCUUUCGGGGUUCACAUUCCACAAUCCACUAAUGAAUUCCAAGCCCCAUCAUCCAAUGAAACGAAUUUUGAUGAGGAAGGUUCAUAUGACAUGCAUGAAGAGAGUGAUUUUCAUUGUGAGGUAGAUGAUGAAAUGCCUUCAAGUAACACUAAUGAAGAAAUGGAAAAGUAUAAACGUCUCAUGGAAGCUUCUAACGAGGGUUUAUAUGAGGGUUGUACUACUUUCUCAAAGUUAUCAUUUCUCUUACAUCUGUUUCACCUUAAGUGUAUGUUUCAUUGGUCUGCUGAGUCAUUUAAUAAAUUGAUUGAACUUCUAAAUGACGCAUUCCCUCAUAUUCAAGAGUUUCCAUCAUCUUACUAUGAAGGGAUGAAAAUAAUCAAAGACUUGGGAUUAGGAUAUGAAAAAAUCCAUGCAUGUCCAAAUGAUUGCAUGUUAUAUUGGGGGGAAUUUGCUGAUGAAAUUGAGUGUCAUAUUUGUCAUACAUCAAGGUGGAAAACUAUGAAAGGAAAGAAGGGUGACAAAAUUGAAAAAGGGAAUGAAUCAGUUAAGAAAGGUGAGCCAGCUAAAGUUAUGCGAUAUUUUCCUCUCAUACCUAGACUAAAGAGGCUUUACAUGUCUUCUAAAACAGCAGAGGAUAUGAGAUGGCAUUUUAACCGUGAGGAUGAUAAGAUCCUAAGGCACCCUGCAGAUGGUGUUGCUUGGAAAAAAUUUGAUGAAAAAUAUAACGAAUUUUUUGCCGACCCUCGCAGUGUUAGAUUGGGAUUAGCUAGUGAUGGUUUUAAUCCAUAUCGUUUAAUGAAUACCAAUUACAGUACAUGGCCAGUGGUUUUAAUUCCUUACAAUCUUCCACCAUGGUUCUGCAUGAAGUCAUCAUCUUUCAUUUUGUCCUUGAUUAUUCCCGGUAAAUAUGGUCCUGGUAUUGAUAUUGAUGUAUACUUGCAACCAUUAAUACAUGACUUGAAAUUGUUGUGGAAAGGUGUAAAUGCUUUUGAUGCUUACAGUGGAAAAUCUUUUAACAUGCGAGCGGCCUUACACUCCACAAUAAAUGACUUCCCUGCAUAUGCUAUGUUGUCGGGACGGAGUACCAAAGGUUAUAAAGCUUGCCCUUCUUGUGCUGAUUCCACUAAUUCAUAUAGAUUUGGUGGUAAAAUUGUCUUCCCUGGACAUCGAAAAUGGUUGCCAAUUGAUCAUCCUUAUCGUUCUGAAGCUCAAUUAUUUGAUGGGAAAGAAGAGUACGGUCUUGCUCCAAUCCCUUUAAGUGGGACCGAUGUUUUGAAGCAGCAAGAAAAGGUUAAGUAUGUUUACGGAACCUCGAAAAAAGCUUCUAACAAAAGGAAAAAUAGAGGAACAACAGAUAUUGAUGAUGAUUAUCAAGCUGAUGCCGAUGAUGUUAUAUGGCGAACUCUAUUAGAUAUGGAUAAAAGUAUAGAUGAUCCAGAAGCUAGAAAGGCUCUUGAGAAGAAAAACAUUAAACCUCAUCUUUGGCUUCAAUCUCAUCCUAAUCAGGCUAAAAAAUAUAUGCCUCCAGCUGCAUACACCAUGUCUAAUGAAGAGAAGGAACGAUUUCUAAGAGUGUUAAAAGACAUAAAGUUCCUGAUGGAUAUGGGUCUAAUUUACAGAGAUGUGUCCAUUUGA